AUGAUGUUUUCCUGGAAACUCCACCUUAUUUCUUUUUUACUGCAUGUAUUUUUCCCAAAAAUUUCAUCUACUUACGAGGACUACGAUGAUACAGAUAAUCGUAGAACAUCGACAUGUGAUUGUCCGAAACAGAUAUAUGGAGAAGAGUACGACUAUGCAGAAAUCAAGAAACCUGCAAUGAACUAUUGCGAUUAUCAACAUUGCGUUUUCGAAAUAGAACCCGGACACAACACGAGCUUAGCGUUGACGCUUCAGUCAAUUUUGCUCUCCGGAAACGAUAUUGUCCGAAUUUAUCAAUAUUUCACCGUCAACGACACAGAAAUAGAGCUUUUGCACUGCGCCGAAGUCAGAAGAACUCAUGAGAAUUACGUUUUUACUGCUGCUCUGGGUGUUGGUUUCCGAAUCUACUCCUAUUCUCACAAAAGAUACUUCAGUACCGCUUCGUUUACGUUCAGCUUCGAUCGUGUCGACUCAGAUGUCAAGACGUGUCCAUAUCCACUCUUGUUGGCUUCAUCAUCCUUCAAGCGAAUUCCAUCAUUCGAACGGCCGGGACAAAUAAGCUGCCCUUUCCGGAUUCUUCCAUCAGUCGCUGGUCACAGGCUGUUGUUGGUUUUCAACAGUUUAAAAGGCAUAGUUUUUGAUCAGAAGGGUGAAGAAGAGAAGUUCACUAGGAGGAUAUCUGUGACUGGCACGCAUUUGGUCUCACCUACUGACAGCGUCGAUAUUUUGUUAACAAGGUCAAACGUUUACGAGACAACCAGCUUCGAUAUAAGCUACAAGGAAUUCGUGGAAGAUCCGUGUUUCUGCAACAAAACUGAUCUGAUCGUUGGAGACACGCCUACAUAUGUAACAUCGCCAGGAUUCCCAGAUCUAUACUGUUCGAAUUUCCGGUGCAAAACGAAGUUUUUGCAUAAUACGUCUAUGCAUGAUGACAAAACGUUGACAUUUGUCGUUACCGUACAUUUUCUGAACACGGACAAGCACGAUUAUGUGGAUUUCUCAACGGAUGGUUUGUUCACGGAGAGACUUAAUGGGACCCACGAGGACGUGAAAAUUGUCAUGUCGGGGGACGUCAUGGAGACCGAGUUUGUCACCGAUCGAACAGUAUCUCGCCACGGUUACAAUAUGAGUGUUAUUUCUGUCCAGAUGCCUACAGAAUGCAUUUGCCCGCAUAAAGGUGUAAAGAUUAUGCGAACUAGCGGAAGUCUGCAAAUGGACGUCCCCGGUCAUUGUACAGUAGUGUACUGUAAAUGGGAGAUACCGUACUUUUACGAUCAGCUGCAAUUUACGGCUAUGUUCAAUUUUUCGUCAGAAUUCGAUUCACUUACGGUAACAACUGGAAGCGACGUGCGACGGUUCACGACAAUCACUGGGAAAGAGUUGAAGAGACACUGGAAACGUAAUGAGCAUACGGAGCCGACGACAGUACUCUAUCAAAGAGCUUUUCCGGCUAAUUACUCGUUAGAUUCUCAGGUAGCGUCAUUCUUGGUGAAGUGGAUGGGCUCAGAAGAUUGUUUCUGCGAUGAAUUGUCGCCACGAAUACACGAGGCUGUUGUUGGUGAUUGGAGAGAGUUGACAUCACCUGCGUACCCAUUACCGUACUGUGGUGAUUUGGAAUGUGUUUAUAGGAUUGUCGCUCCAACAGGCCAUCACGUGGUGUUGAACAUUACCGACUUCUACACCGAGCCCUACAAUGAUGUGUUAGCUCUUUUUGACGGAAUCAACACCACUGGAAGGCAUAUGGAUGUGUUUUACGGGAAGAAACGAUUCCCAUACCUCAUCCACAACGAGAAUGAGACGUUGUCCUUAGUAUUCAAAACUGACCACGACGUAUCCUACGACGGCUUCCGGAUUCUUUUCUCAGCUGCACCAAACGAAGAUUUCAUUGCGCCGCUUAAGUCGCAAUUGCACACAUCUGUAAUUAUCAUAUUCAUAUUAUCAAUAAUGCUUAUAGCAGCUAUUGCUGUUGCUGUUUACAGAAGGGCUCCUCGACUAUUUGACAAUCCGGUGUAUGCUGGUUCCGUGAGCUAUUCAGAUGACACGGUUGAGACCAACCCAGGUUCCGAUGUUUUCGGAUGA